AUUAGUUAUAAACAGAGACCGAUAUUAGGAACUUAUAUUUGUUGUACUUUGCUUAAUUUCAAUCGACCUUUCUACAUACAAAACUGAUCGCAAAAUGUCUUUAGAGGAUGCAUAUAGAAACAUAUCUCUAAAAAAACAAUCUACUAUAAACAAUGAUGGACUGAGAGUUUCUCAUUUGAACAAAUUUAAUAUUGAACUUGAUGUGGAAACACCAACCACUUACGAAUUAUUUCUAUAUGCUGUUGAAAAAUUUGGUGAUCAACCGUAUUUAGGUCAGAGGACAGCUACUGAACCCCCUUUCGAAUGGUUUACUUACAAACAGAUAUUUGAAAGAGCAAAAUGUCUAGCAUCCGGUUUUCAACAUAUAGGCAUUAUUCCCGGCAGUUUUGUAGGUAUAGUAGCUAAAACAAGACUUGAAUGGGUUCUAUGCGAAAGAGCUUUGCAUAUGUUCUCUGCGGUUGUGAUUGGUCAAUAUGAUGCUCAACCGGAAUCGACUUAUACUUAUAUCGCUAAUGAAGCUGAAUUACCAGCUGUAAUUGUUGAAUCGGUGGAGAUUGCCAUGAUUUAUCUAAAGAAUAAGGAAUUGAUGCAUACGCUCAAAAUAAUUGUAGUUUUAGAAGAAUAUCUUGAUUAUGACAUUGUUAAACUGGCGGUUGAUAAAGGAGUUAUGAUUAUUCCUCUUCAUAAAGUUGAAGAAUUAGGUUCAAAACACCCGAAACAACCAUGUCCACCGAAUCCUGACAAUAUUUGUAUGCUUAUAUAUACUAGUGGAACUACUGGUGAUCCUAAAGGAGUUGUUAUUGAUCAUAAAACGAUAGUUAACAAUGCAAGUACAACGGCUAAAACAUCUUUGACUUCUAAUUUGAGUUAUGUUCAUUUAUCCUAUUUGCCCUUGGCACAUAUUUUCGAGAGAACAAUACAACUUUGUGUUAUGUCUAAUGGCGGAAAAAUUGGCUUUUGGGGAGGUCAACAAGAAAAUCUAGUGUUAGAUAUACAAGCACUUCAACCAAAUGUUCUUAUUGCUCCACCUAGGGUUUUAAAUAAAAUUCAUGAUAAGAUUAUGGCUCAAUUACCUCCAGGGUCAUUCAAAAGAAGUGUUUUCGAUUUUGCGUUUUCUAGGAAGCAAGCAUCCAUGAAUUAUUACGAAAGGGUUAUGAAGGAUUCUAUAUGGGAUAAAGUUUUAUUCAAGAAAUUUCAAAAUCUAUUGGGAGGAAAUAUUGAGAUAAUAUAUUCCGGAGGUGCUCCAUUGUCCGAUUAUAUUGCUAAUUUCAUAAGAUGCGCUUUUGGUUGUUCUUUAAUUGAUAUUUAUGGUCAAUCGGAAAAUUGCGGCGUUGCUAUAGCUGCCACACUGAAGCAUGAAUACAGAUUCACUAAAGCUAUUGGUCCACCUUCGUAUGGUUCCGAAGUAAAAUUAAUUGAUGUACCGGAACUGGAUUAUUUUGCUAAAAAUAAUCAAGGCGAAAUUUUGGUUCGUCAUAAAUAUAGAAUGAAAGAAUAUUACAAGAAACCCGAAAAGACAGCCGAAACAAUUGAUGAAGAAGGAUUUAUCCAUACAGGCGAUAUUGGGGAAUGGUCUAAGGAGGGUGCAUUAAAAGUUAUUGAUCGAAAGAAGCAUGUUUUCAAAAUGGCACAAGGAGAGUAUAUUGCCCCAGAAAGAUUGGAAAAGCUAUAUCUUUCUAGUCCUUUUAUUUGUCAAAUAUUUGUAGAUGGUGACUCAUUCCAAAGAUAUCCGAUUGCCCUUGUCGUUCCUGACGUAGAUAAUUUAAUAAUAUGGGCUAAAGAGAACGGUUUACAGUGUGAUUUGAAAACUUUAUGCAAUGAUAACAAAGUCAGAAAGCUAAUCUUAUCUGACUUACGUAGAAUUGCAAAAAUUGAAAAACUUAAAGGAUUUGAACAGAUUGCCAAUAUUAAACUCUUAGAGAAAGAGUUGACUAUAGAAGAUGGAUUAUUAACUCCGACGUUCAAGAUCAAAAGAUCAUCAGUUAGAAAGAUGUUUAAACAAGAUUUGAAGAAUUUAUACGAAAAUAUUGGAGAUGUUAAAGCUAAACUUUGA